UCUCCCCAUGAUAAGGCUGUAUUUGGUCGGCGUUAGAGUGCUCCUUUACCAGCUCUUCAACCGAUCCUUCACGCUACCAGGCUCUGCCACCUCGCUGACCUGAGUGCCCCCCUGCAUGGAUCUGAAGAGAGAGGACAUAGAGGCAUAGAGGAUUUGGAAUUUGGAGGCUGCGUUGACGAUAUGGAGAUUCAGCAUCUCUGUCCUUGGUGACUUCUGACGGCAUACCCUUGGGGACCACGGACAACUCGUUGAAAAGCUGUGUGACUUCGCCUUCUGCCUGAGCGCCCGUCUGUCUCACCCGUCCUCGCUGCCCGUCUGACUGUCUGUCUCAUCUCGUUCGCCUGUCCGUCCGCAUGGAUCUAAAGUGUGAGGAGGUGGAGGCGAUAACGGUGACGGUGUCGGAGCCCCAGUUGGUGUCUCACCCGCGCGCCAAGAGCAAGGUCUGGAAGUACUUCGGCUUCGACCCGGAGGACGAGGUGGGCAAGAGGGCUCACUGCCGCAUCUGCCUGGCCCAGAUCGGCUACUCGGGAAACACCACCAACCUCUACGCCCACCUGCAGCGGCACCACCCGGACGCCUUCAUAGAGUUCGAGAAGAGCACCGGGACGGGUGGAGAGACGACACAGCCCCCACAGCAGUUGCAGGCGCCCUCAUCCUCGCUACUGCCCCCCUCCGCCCUCUCCUGCUCCUCACGACAGUUUUCCCAUGAUUCCAAGCGGCAGCUGGAGGUGGCGUCGUCGGUGCUGGGGUUCCUCUGCGAGGGGCUGCACCCGGUCUCCGUGGCCGACGAGCCGUUCUUCCAGGCGCUGGUGCGGACGCUGGACCCGCGCGUCACGCCCCCGUCCUCCGCGGAGCUCCUGUCCCACGCCCUCCCCCUCCGUCACCAGCAGGUGCGCGCCGCAGUCUCCGCGGAACUCUCCGGAACCCUGAGCAGCUCGUGCUGCGCCGUCUCCACCGACCUGUGGACCAGCGAGACGCACGGCCGCAGCUACGUCACCGUCUACGCCCACCAGCUCUCCCAGACGCCCCACCCCCACCCGGCGGUGACCGCCACUACCCAGACCACGCACCCUGCUGUCGUCACGGCGCCCGCGGGGUUCCGUCUGGUCAGCUGCUGCCUGAAGACGUUCGAGGUGCCGGCGGACGGGGCAGCGGAGGGCAUGACGCGCGCCCUCUACGAAGUCUUCAUGCAGUGGGGCGUGGCCUCGCGCCUGCAGGGCGCCACCACAUGCGGUUCUCCGGACCUGUUGCGGGCGUGCUCCCAGCUGGAGCUGCCGGUGCUGGUGCCGUGCUUCGCCGAGCGCCUCAACCGCGGCGUCCACGCGGCGUUCCGUGUCCCGGGGGUCCAAUCGCUGCUGGCCCGCUGCCGCAGACUAGUCGACUACUUCCAGCAGUCCGUAGUGGCCAAUUACAUGCUGCAGGAGCGACUCCGGCAGCAGGCGCGCCAGGCGGGGUCAUCGGGGUCGGUGGCCGGAGCAGGUUCAGGGUCGGCAUCUCCACUGGUGGGUAGCGGGCGGCCGCGAGACGGCGGGUGCUGGAGCUCCACCCUCACCAUGCUGCGGCGUCUCCGUGACAACCAGCCGGCCGUGACGGCGGUGUUGCUAGAGGACGCCAACAACCAGGCGCUGUUGCUAGGCGCGGCGGAGUGGGCGUUACUGGACGGGCUGCUCGUGGUGCUGCGGGCGCUGCGCUCCGCGGCGGACAUGUUCUGUAGCGGCGGUACCAGCACUAGCGGGUCCACCAGCAGCAGCUCCGGCGGCCCGUUCAUCAGCAUGCUGAAGCCGGUUCUGCACAUGCUCCUGAGCACGGCGCUGCGGCCGCUGGACGCCGACUCUGCGGAGCUGCGUGACGCGCGGCGUGCGGUGGCGUCGGCGCUGGAGGAGGCGUAUCAGGCCCCGCCCCACCUGGACAUGUUCCUCAAGGUGGCCAGCUUCCUGGACCCGCGCUACAAACGCCUGCCCUUCCUGUCCGCCGGCGAGCGUGCGCAGGUGGAGUCUCGCGUCCAGGAGGAGGCGGCGGCACUCUACCAGAGACACGCCCCCUCGCAAAGACACGGCUCGUCAUCAUCAGGCCACGCCCAUCUGGACCCCCGCGCCCGUGGCUGUCAUGACGACCAGCCCCCGGCCAAUAAGAAGCAAGCGCUCUCCUGCUGCGCGACGUCCGUCGAUCACCCCGACGCAGACCUGGAGCCUGUCGACACCUCUGACCCCGAGCAUGCGGACGCUGACGUCGCCAACCCAUUGGCUGUCAUCUUCUGCCAAUCAGGAGCGGGCGGGGCGGAAACACAGGAAGAGUUCCAGGCGGCGGCCGAAGAGGAGCUCAGCAACUUCAAGGCCCAGAAGGUUCUGGGUCUGAACGAGGACCCGCUGCGUUGGUGGUCGGACCGCGUGCUGCUGUUCCCCAUGCUGCCACGUGUUCUCCAGAAGUACUGGUGCGUACAGGCCACUAGUGUCCCGGCACAACGCCUCUUCGGACCCGCCGGCGCCACCCUCUGGGGCAGACGGAACCGGCUCGACCCGGACCUCGUGGACCAGCAGGUGUUCCUGUACGAGAACACCAGGAACUACUACGGAGAACCAACACUGGAGACUUCCGGAACCAGGAACUAUUACGAAGCUGAUAUUGAUAAGGACGGGGGGUAUAAGAUCGCCGGGUUUCAAUACACAACCAACUCGUGAAUAUGUUUAUCUGGAAUUACAGAAACACUAGAGAUGGCUGUAAAAACACAGGAGACGGCUGUUAAUGUGCAGGUUUCAAUGUGGACAGAAUUAAACAUUUGAAGCUACUACAAACCGAAGGAUUGGAGGUUCACUGCGAACGGGACACUGGCAUCAACAAGGACGGGGGUUACAAGACAACCGGGCGCCACUACAACUCAUGAACAUCCGUUCUGUAAUUUUCUCCGCCAAAGAGGUUAUGUGAUCGUCUGAGUUUGUUGGUGUAUUUUCGUUUGUUGGUUCAUUUGCGGUGCAUGUGCGUUUCUGUCCACUAGAGGGUGGAGGUGCGCUUUCUGAGCGCUUUUCUUAACUCUAAGAACAAAAAGGGAUGGCUGUCUGCUUGGAGGUGAUGUGAUUGUCCGAGUUUUGUUGUGUGUUCAUUUCUUCAUUUGUUCGCGGUGCAUGUGUGUUUCUGUCCACUAGAGGGUGGAGUUGCGCUCUCUGAGCGCUUUACUGGUUAACUCUGCAAAAACAAAAGGGAUGGCUGUCUGCUUAAAGGGAUGGCUGUCUGCUUAAAGGGAUGGUUGUUUACUUAAAGGGAUGGUUGUC